AUUGAUUCUUGACUAUGCGUAAAAGCGUGCCUUGACGUAGCUACGCUUGCGUAUUUUGAAACGAGUGUUUACGCAAAUGUACUAGAGUGUCAAGAUGGUGAAAAUUGGGCUGCAGUUCAAAGCCACUUUGGAAAAUGUCACAAAUGUGCGGCCAGAAGGUGAAGACUUCCGCUGGUUUCUAAAGUUAAAAUGUGCCAAUUGUGGUGAGAUCCCAGAGAAAUGGCAGUAUAUCAACCUUAUGGACAGUGUACCACUUAAAGGAGGAAGAGGGAGUGCCAGCAUGGUGCAGAAGUGUAAACUCUGUGCCAGGGAGAAUUCUAUUGAUAUCAUGAGAGACACAAUCACCCCGUACAACGCUGAGGAUAGUGAGAGGUUUAAGACCAUGGUGCAGUUUGAGUGUCGAGGCCUGGAGCCGGUAGACUUCCAACCACAAGCGGGCUUUGCUGCAGAGGGAGUGGAGUCGGGGACCAAGUUUCCUGAAAUCACCCUACUGGAAAAAGACUGGACAGACUAUGACGAGAAGGCCAGUGAGUCAGUGGGCAUCUAUGAGGUCACACACCAGUUCAUCAAGUGUUGAGUUACGGUCAAGCGCUUUGUACGACCGGGAUGUAAACACACUGGCCAGAUAUCCACUCAUCCACUGACUGAAAUGGCUGUCGGUGUCAGACACAUCCAAUGCUAAUGCAGUGCUGUUGACAGUUAUAAUGCAGUGCUGUUUGGUUUGUGACAAGCAAGAAGCAUUUGAGGAUUGAUUGGGUGGAAUGCCCAUCCACAUCAUCCUGGAUUGAAUGAGAUAUGUGACCAUGCCUUUCCUUUUGUCACUACCCCAAUAAAGAUCAUGAAAUGAAAUAAAAUAAACUGAUAAUGUG